GACCCGUCCCAGGAGCUGGGGGAGAGGGAGGAUGCUGGGGCCGGCACAGCCCUGGGUGCAGGUAGAGGGAUAAGCAGGGUGCCCCAAGCUGUGCUCCCCCCACUCCAACCUGGGGAGACCCCCCAGCACCCCGGCUCCGUGCACACCGCCCCCCGCACCCCCGUGGCCAACCACCUCGUUUCAGCGCGGCUGGUACUUCCUUGGCAGGACACCGGGUGCGUGUGUGCCGCCAGCCAGGCUCCGCCAGCCCCAUCCCAAAAUAGAGCCCCCAGGAACGCGCCCUGCCGAGGGGGCCCAGAUGGCCCAUGGAGGAGUCGGACGAGGAUGGGGAGGACAACGAGGAGUUCCUGGAGCGGCUGAUGGUGCAGACGGGCCGGGAGGUUCCGCAGCGGGAGCUGGAGGAGCACUACGCCGUGCUGGAGGAGCUGGGCAGUGGGACCUACGGCCGUGUGGUGCUGACGGAGCCCCGGGAUGGUGGCUCACCGGUGGUCCUCAAGCUGAUGCUGAAGGAGCAGACGGAGCGGCGGGCAUUCCUGCGGGAGUAUUGCAUCGCCCUGUGCCUCUCCAGCCACGCUGCCUGCCUGCGCGCCCUGCCCAUCGCCUUUGAGAGUGCCACGCACUUUGCUUUCGGACAGGAGCUGGCUCCCGCUGGGGACCUGUGUACCCUCCUCAACCCAGGGGAGGGCCUGGCAGAGGAGCUGGUGAAGCGCUGCGCGUCCCAGCUGGCCGAGGCGCUGGACUUCAUGCACAGCCGUGCCCUGGUGCACCGGGACGUCAAGCUGGACAACGUACUGCUCUUUGACCGCGAGUGCCGGCGGGUGAAGCUGGGUGACUUUGGGCUCACCCGUGUGCAGGGCUCGGCGGUGGGUGCCAUGUCUGGCACCUUGCCCUACUCUCCGCCAGAGCUCUGCCUGCUCCAGGGCUCCGACACACUGGAGCUGGACUCCAGCCUGGAUGUCUGGGCCUUUGCUGUCCUGCUCUUCUGCCUCUGCACUGGCUGCUUCCCCUGGGCCGUGGCUGCCAACUCCGACCCCCAGUUUGAGGACUUCAGCGCCUGGCAGGGUGGCGUGGCCGGGAGGGAGGUGCCAGUGUCCUGGCGAGGCUUUGGUUUUGGGGCGCUGGAGAUGCUCCGGCGCCUGCUAACUCUGGACCCCAACCGCCGGAGCCCAGCCAUCGAGGUGCAGAAAUACCUGUCCCUCCCCUGGGUGAUGGCUCCCAGCGCCCCGGAGCCAGCACUGAGCAGCUCCCAGUCCCCCCUUAUCAGCGGCAUGGGGGAGAGCCCGGAGGGCUCCGGGGGACAGGAUGCUGCUGGGGAGGGAGAUGGGAUUCCCAUGCCCCCUGCUAACGCACUGGCCCCGUGCCGGUAG